AUGCUUCGAAAAGUGAAGCUUGCACAUCAACUGCAUCAGGCUUGCCAGGCCGCUGCAUUGGAUGCAUAUCGCGAGGGCAGCUCUGGUCUAGCAAGCUGGCUUCCAGCUCGCUGCAACGGCAAUGUCGGGGCUCGCUGCGCUUCGACAUCUGCGGGGCCGUCCGGCUCGCAUCAGGCCCCGGCCGCGGCCGCAGCAUCGACCGCUAGCACCAGCGGCAGCGAAGGAGAGACACCCCUCUCGGUAUUUUCGCGGCAGAGCCAGAAUCUGGCGGCCAUGCCCCUAUACCCCAAGCUAUUGGGCUUUGCAGGUGCCAUCCCUUUCACGACGUUGACGCCAGCAUUCGUCCAGACAGCGGGGCUACCGGACCUCGUGGAUUACUGUGCGCAGAUGCAGCUGGUGUACGGCGGAAGCAUCGUGUCAUUCCUGGGUGCUGUACACUGGGGCCUGGCGAUGAGCAGCUCAACGAUGGCUGCUGGGGGAUCCCGUGCGGCGGGCGCGCUGAACGAGCGUUACGUGUGGAGUGUGGUGCCCUCUCUGGGGGUGGUUCCGGCGCUCAUGAUGCCACCAGCACAGGGCAGCCUGGCCAUUGCGGUACUACUGGGCAUAUGCUACAUCUCAGACGCGGCGUACUACCGCUCUGGCUACUUGCCGAGCUGGUACAUGAGCCUGCGCGGCUACCUGACACUGCUGGCGCUGUGCAGCAUGCUGGCCACCACCGGCCACUACCUGAAGCGGGACGUGGAGCGGGCGAAGAAGCUGAUGGAGGAGGAGGACGCCAAGAGGGCGGCGAGGCUGGAGGCGCGCGCCGCAGAGGCAUCAGCCGCUGCUGCUGCCGCUGUCGCCUCCUCAGCAGCGGCCCCACCAGCGGCAGUGGCGCAGGGACGCGGGCGCAAGUAA